GGAUUUGAUUGGCGGAGAAUUCAAUGUUCCGCUUUGCGACGACUAGUGUGCGCAUGGGCGCGCAGCGGCUUUCCGCUGUGGCACGCGCUGGAAUGCCGGCCCGACGGGCGUUUUCUUCUGCGACUUCGGGCUCUGCCGGCGGUGCGGCAACGGGAGCAGCGAUGAGCGGAGCGUGGCGGUGGGCUGCUGGGCUCGGAGCUGCGGCUGCGUUCGGUUAUGUGUCGAUGGGCUCUGUGCAUGCCGGUGGCGUUGACUACGAGGCGGUGCGCAAGGCCAUCGCCGAUACACUCGAGGACGAGAGCUACGACGACGGGUCGCUCGGCCCGGUCCUCGUCCGGCUCGCCUGGCACGCCUCGGGCACGUACUCCAAGAAGGACGGGACGGGUGGAUCGAAUGGUGCCAAGAUGCGUUUCUUCCCGGAAGCCUUCCACGGCGCCAACAACGGGCUCUCGGUCGCGCGCAACCACCUUGCGCGCAUCAAGAAGCAGUUCCCGGAGAUCUCCAACGCCGACCUCUGGACCCUCGCCGCGUGCGUGGCCAUCGAGGAGAUGGGCGGCCCCGAGAUCGCGUGGCGGCCCGGCCGGACCGACGACAACGACGGCAAGCUCUGCACGCCCGACGACCGCCUGCCCGACGCCGCCCAGGGCGCCGACCAUGUUCGCGCUGUUUUCGGUCGCAUGGGCUUCUCGGACCGCGAGAUGGUCGCCCUCAUCGGCGCCCACUGCCUCGGCCGCUGCCACGAGAACCGUUCCGGAUACAAGGGUCCGUGGACCCGCGCUCCGACCACCUUUUCCAACAUGUACUUUACCGAGCUCGUCGGCAACCGCUGGACUCGCAAGAACUGGGACGGCCCGCUCCAGUACGAGGACCCGACAGGAGAGCUGAUGAUGCUGCCUGCAGACAUGGCGCUCCUCCACGACCCGGCCUUUGCCGUCGUCGUCAAGGAGUACGCCGCCGACGAGGAGCUCUUCUUCCGUGACUUUGCUGCCGCCUUUGCCAAGCUUCUCGAGCUCGGCUGCGACUUUGACGGCCCAUCGACGACGACCAAGGCUGUCACCGCCGCCGGCGUCGUCACCGCCAUCGUUGGUGCCAUCAUCGGUUACAACUACAUGUCGUCCUCUCGCGCCGACUCCUCCGCCACUUCAGCCCCUUUGUCCUCGCAACCGUAG